AUGAGAUUUUGGCUGCUCGUCCGAAUCACUCGUGAACUGUGGAAGGAGUGGGAGCUGCGGUUGCUCAUCCUCCUCAGCUUGUUUGUCCAGUUGAGCCUUGCGACUCAAGGCAGCAGGAGGAAAUCCAUCUACAAGAGCAGCAACCAAUUCCUGGUCUGGACGUUGUACCUAUUGGCCGAGUCCAUCGCAAUCGUAACACUUGGUGUCCUUUCGAACCGCUUGGCCAACAUCCAGGAAACGAAGGGGACAUUCGAUCCGAAGAGCCAGAUCACAGCAUUUUGGGCGUCGUUCCUUCUCCUCCACUUGGGCGGGCCCGACACGAUCACCGCAUUUGCCCUGGCAGACAACGAGCUAUGGUCAAGGCAGUUGGCGCGGCUUUGCGUCGAGGUAGGGCUAGCGUGUUACAUUUACUAUAUUGCCUUGUCGGGGUCUGCGUUAUCGAUGAUAGCCAAGGGUAUGAUCCUGGUGGGGUUCAUCAAAUAUGCCGAGAGGGCAUUGUGUUUGUAUUUGGCGAGCAAAGAUCGAUUUCGAGAUUCGAUGCGUUCUCUACCCAAUUGCGGUCCCAUAUACCCUAGGAGAAUUGAGCAGUAUUUUCUGAAGAGAGAGGAAGGUUACCAGGUCGGAGUCGAUGAGGUCAUAGAAUUUUCGGCGCCAGAGAGCCUCUCAGUGAGCGGUCAAGCCUCCGAUGAAAAGACUCUGCUCAAAGCCUAUGAGUUGUUCAACAUCUUCAAGCUUCUCUUCGUGGGCCUGAUCCUCAACUCUGGCAACCUGGCCACCAGUAAGCGCAUUUUCAUGGACCAGAACAUGGAUUCAGUGACUGCCUUCGGGAUUGUCGAGAUCGAGCUCGGGUUCAUGUAUGACCUGCUCUACACUAAGGCGCUGUUGCUGAACUGUGUUUGGGGCAUCAUCCGUUGGGUCAUUGGUCUUUCGGUGCCCUGUGCCGUGUUGUUAUUAUUCUCCUUACAGGAUAAGAAGGAUUACCCCAAAGUUGACAUCUGUAUAACUUUUUUGCUUGUAAGUGUGACUAUACUUUUAGAGAUUUACUCGCUUCUUCUGGUGAUUUCAUCCGAUUGGGUUGACCGCUGGCGGCUUCAGAAACCCGAGAGAUCUAUGAUUUCGUCCGCCAUCACUUCUCUCCGGUUCUUCCCAAAUAAAAGAUGGUCGAAUUCUGUGGCCCAGUUCAGCCUCUUGGAAUUUUCUAUCAGGAAAGGAAGCAGGAUCGUCCCCAAGUAUCAGUUGCUCACCAAGUUCGACAUGAAGGUGGAAAAGAACUUCUAUAUCGGUCACAAAGAGUUCAAGAACAAUGUCAAAGGAUGGAUCUUCGAUCACAUGAAAAAAACGGUCGACGGUCUGGAAUUGACCCACAGAUCGAAGAGCAUGUUGGAGAGUAUUAAGUUGAGGGCAAGCGAUAUACUGAAGAAGUCAAACUACAACAAAGAGCUGGCGUGGAGUGUGAACAAGGAGUUUGACGAGAGCAUCCUCAUCUGGCACAUCGCCACUGAGCUCUGUUACUACAAGGACCGCGGCAAUAAGCAUGGCGAAAUCUCGGAAGACCUCGUGAGCUUCAAGAUGAGUAAGCUGGUUUCUAGGUACAUGCUCUAUCUUUUAGUGUUCCAUCCUUCCAUGUUGACGACAGGGAUAGGGGUGCAACAAUACGAAGACACUUUGGUCGAUGCUCAGACGUUCCUCGAAGAAAAGCAAGCGGUUUUGCCGAAGAAGGAAGGCCGCAGCUUAUCCUUCAGGAACAAGGCACAUGACCACACUGAUGAUUACGGCUGCAGCAAUGCGCACAAGUCAAGAGAAUCACAAGAUCUAUGCGAAGUCUGUCAUAUUCUGCUCAGAGUGAGAACUGACCCUCACCUGCCCGCUUGGAAGAUGCGGGGAGACAAAAGCAUGUCGGUGCUGUUUGACGCAUGCUUUCUUGCGUACCAGUUGAAUGAUAUCCCCAGGAAAUGGGACAUGAUCGGCCAGUUCUGGGCGAGCAUGCUGAUGUCUGCGGCUUGCCAAAGCAAAGGCUACGAACACUGUGAGAGCCUGAGCAGAGGAGGAGAGCUUCUCAGCCAGGUUUGGCUUCUCAUGGCGCAUGUCGGCAUAGCGCUGCCAGAACAAACUCCCAGAGCAAGACGCAUCACCAAACUGGUCUUGAACUAG